AUGACAGUCUUCUCUCUGGUGGCGCUUCCUAUCAUCCUUCUGUCUCUCAUCGUGAGAUACCAAAAAGAAAUUCGCAUUUGGCUUUGGACACUCCAAAAGGGCAAGUCACAUAAUGGAUGUACGGAAAAUCCAUCCGACCUCAAGCCGUACCCGGCACAACCUAUUCCGGGAAGAGAGCGCUACCGCGUCAUGAUGGACAUUCGCAAACUAGACGCCCAAAACUGGCUCACCCUCGACAAGAACUACAUGGAUGAGCAUCGCGUGCGAGAUGCUUUGCUUCGUGAGAAAAGGAACCAGGUCCUGCAAUGUCUGCCCGAGUCGGUUGGUGCCUGCCGAGAAGCUCUUGAAGAAGUGUCCCAUUUUUUGUGCCAGCGGUUUCCGAACACGUUUGAGACAACUAUGCAUGAAAUUAAUCCACAUAUACAAAAUCGUAUGACCGGUGAAAAGUUCAACAUUGGGGGUGCAGGCCGUGACGAGAAUCCCACUGACGCCCUGGAGGCGGCGGUGCGGCUUACGAUGGAAGAUCUCAGUAUUUUGAUGAUGAACGAAGAUGGUGAAUAUUAUUUAGCUGCCAGUGCGAGCCUCUUCCCCACGGGGUGGACAGUCGACCAGCGCAUCGGAUGGACAAUUUCGCGUCUGCAUGAGCCAGUACCUCUAUGGCACCAACAAGUAGCCAACUCCGUCAGCAAAUUUCUCGCCCGUCUAACUCCAAACUCGCCAAUGGAGCGAUCCAACUACUUCAUCGAAGUCAAAAGACCAGAUGAGAAUCUCUUCGACAUCCUCUACCGUCCGGGUUCCCUCUGCGAAAAAGAUCUCAGCAACCCCUCGUCUGAGGAAAUCAUAAUCCGACGCGAGAGGCAGACGUUCCGCCGUCUACCCCGGACAGGAGCCAUUGUCUUUGGCGUCAAGACGUUCCUGACUCCACUGGACGAGCUGCCUAUGCAGGAGUUCGAAAAUCUGGCAAAGGAGAUGGAGACCUGGCCUGAAAAUGUGGGCGAGUAUAAGGGGAAGAACGUGUGGGGUGCAAAGGUGAAGGAGCUCUAUAGAUCCCGGAAACAAAAUGCGGAAAUAAAAUGGGGAAAACGUGGAGAUGUGACCUCGCAGUGA